GACAGAAGUAAGAUGGCCGCCCUCAGGAGCUUGUUCUGCGGAGGGAAGAGCUCGGUGUCCGUGUUUCUGAAGAGAAGCUUCCACAGAAGCACCCCGGCCGCCCUGCAGGUGACUGUACGGGAUGCAUUGAACCAGGCUAUAGAUGAAGAAAUCGAGAGGGAUGAAAGGGUGUUCCUGCUCGGGGAGGAGGUGGCCCAGUAUGAUGGAGCCUAUAAGAUCAGUCGGGGGCUCUGGAAAAAGUAUGGGGACAAGAGAGUUAUGGAUACUCCCAUAUCUGAGAUGGGCUUUGCUGGAAUCGCUGUAGGUGCUGCCAUGGCUGGCCUAAGGCCCAUCUGUGAGUUUAUGACCUUUAACUUCUCCAUGCAAGCCAUCGACCAGGUGAUCAACUCUGCUGCCAAGACCUACUAUAUGUCCGCUGGGCUUGUUCCAGUCCCCAUAGUCUUCAGGGGACCCAACGGCGCGUCGGCCGGGGUGGCAGCUCAGCACUCGCAGUGCUUUGCCGCUUGGUAUGCACACUGCCCUGGGCUUAAGGUGGUGAGCCCCUGGAACGCAGAGGAUGCUAAAGGUCUCCUUAAGUCUGCCAUUCGGGAUAAUAACCCAGUGGUGUUCCUGGAAAAUGAGUUGAUGUACGGGGUCCCUUUUGAGUUAUCCGAGCAGGCUCAGUCUAAAGACUAUGUCAUUCCGAUUGGGAAAGCAAAGAUAGAGCGACCAGGAUCCCAGAUAACACUGGUUUCUCACUCCCGCUCUGUUGGCCACUGUCUGGAGGCUGCCAACGUGUUGGCCAAGGAGGGAGUAGACUGUGAGGUAAUAAACAUGCGUACGAUUCGCCCCAUGGACAUUGAAACCAUCGAGACGAGCGUUGUGAAAACAAACCAUCUGGUGACAGUAGAAGGCGGUUGGCCACAGUUUGGCGUAGGCUCUGAAAUCUGUGCCAAGAUCAUGGAAGGGCCAGCAUUCAAUUACCUUGAUGCGCCAGUGGUCCGUGUGACUGGCACUGAUGUCCCGAUGCCUUACGCCAAGAUCCUGGAAGAGAACUGCGUCCCUCAAGUGAAGGAUAUUAUAUUUGCAGUAAAGAAGACUCUGAAUCUCCUGUAGGCGGAUCCGGCAUGGGAACACUUUAUAGGAGGGUCAUUUACAUUUUAAUGGGCGACUUGUUAUCCUAUGAACAGAGAGGAUUCUGCUUCCUGCAGACUGAACUGCGACUGCAACAUUUGUACUUUAUAAAUGGUUCUUGGAAGCUGCCUUAUGUGCGAAUUGUGUCCUAGUUACCCUUUCCCUGGGCAGCGUCCCCUUAAUCACUCCCCCGCGGGUCAUCUGUGCCAUUUGUGUCCUCUAUGGAGAAACCAGUUACAAGGAGGGACUGUUCAACUCUAUUAGUCGUCCCUGAACCCAAAAAUACUUCCCACAGUCCUGUCACUAGUUAAAGGGCCAAUUCACCUUUAAAUUAUUCUUGUGUAUGUUGUGGUUUUUGUUCUAGUUGCUAUGGUCCAUUUUGCCCUAGCAACCAGGCAGCGGUUUAAGUCAGAGACUGGAAGAUCAGUGGGAGAAGCCUGAACAGGCUAACGGAAUAAAAAGUAACAAUAAAAUUGUAGCCUUAUAGAGUGUUUUGGCUGCCGGGGUCAGUGACCCAAAUUUGAAAGCUGAAAAGUGACAGAAGAAAAUGAUUUAAUAACUAUAAAAUGAAGAGACGUUAGCAAGUUGAUAAGGACAUUCUAUAGUAUACUAAAGUAUAUUUAUAGGUGAACUUCCCCUUUAAUGUCAUUUCUGCAACAUUUCUUCCUCUCUGGGGGGAAUAAACCAUUUUAUCCACUGGAAA